UCUUUAUCUUCGUUCAAGUAAAAAGUUAAGUUGAGUUGUACCUCCUUUGAUGUAAGUGGCCCUACUUUCAGUUUGGAUGUUUUCUUGAAAACGUGCAUCAAAUAAGUUAGAAAUGGUGCGGUAUAAGUGCAGAUACAUUCUCUGCAAGGUGAUUUUUACUGGCAAUAGAAAGACAUGUAAAAUCAAUGAAAACGAUAUUUAUACUAAAGUUAAAAAUGAAAUCGGUGCAUUACAUGGUGACUAUGCUUUAGCUGCAUUGAGGAAUGUACCAAGUUUUGGAGUGCGAUACAUUGAUGGGAACACUGGUGUGGUACUGAUCAGAUGCCAGAGAGAUUUGUUAAAGAUUGUACAGUCUGCUAUCACAUAUGUUAAGAAGAUAAAUACAGAAGAUGCUUUCCUACAGACCAUACAUGUUGGAGGAACAAUAAGAUCGUGUCUGAAGUUUUUGAUCAGGUAUCAUAGAUCUCGUCUACCUCAACUUUUGAUGGAAUGUAAAACUGAAGAUGAAAAGAAAAAAGUUCAAGCAGCAAUAGUUGAAAGUUGCAAGACAAGUACACGAGUAAUGUGUACUUGGGAGAGAAGAGAAAAAUCAGACACACCAAGAUAAAACACCAGUAAUAAAACACUAGUGAUAAAACACCAGUGAUAAAAACCAGUGAUAAAAAGCAGUGAUAAAAAGCAGUGAUAAACAUCAUGAUAAAACACUAAUGAUGAAACACCAGUAACAGAGCAUCAUGAUAAAAACGUUAAAACAUACCAAAUAAAACAUGUUGUUACAAUGUUUUCAAAAAAGGCAAAGGAAAAAAACAGUAAAAAGACCCGGUAUUGAAUGAGAGUUCCAAGUGAGUCCAGGUAGUUAGGUGGAGUUUAGUGAUCAGUUAGGCUUAAAACUAAAACAAAACUUACAAGAUGCACAACUACAGUUAUUAAACAUUUUGAUUUCCAGUCAUGCAUGUCAAUCAAUUAGAUAAUGCUAACUGAUUUUUGUUGAUAGGUUUAUAUUACAGUGAGUAUAGAUUGUAAAGUAUUUUCAUAACUGAGAUGAUGGCCUAUUUCUAUAGGGAGAUUGUGAUUUGAAGUUCUGAAUUUGCAAAACAUAUCUUUGAAUAUUAUUGUCCAGCCUAUAACUUUGUCAUCAUCUAUCAAGAGAUUUUGAAAUAACUUAGUACAAAUGUUUGGCAUGAUGAGAAAGUGUCGCACAUGAAGAGAUUUUGAAGUCAGAAAAAGUGUUUAGUAUCUGUCCUGUUGUUACAUCUUUAUUCAUAUUAUUUGAUGUCCUAACAUAUAUAGCGGGAGUGUCUGUGUCUUUCACACAUAUUUCUAGUUUCCUCCUGUUUUUUAAGAAUUCAACAAUAAAAUCACCACUUGUGCUCUGGGUAAAACCCUUAUUCUAAGAUUAUUCUGACUCCUGCAAAUUGAUGAAAUGAUUCAGCAUGACUAUCUAGGAGGACAAAUCUCCUUUUUUAUUAUACCCCCCGCACAACAAAGUUGUAAGGGGGGUAUACUGGAAUCAGAUUGUCCGUCUGGCCGUCCGGCGUCUGUCGGUUUUUUCUUGUCCGCCGAAUAACUAAAGAUUCCUUUGACCCACAGUCUUCAUAUUUGGCAUGGAGGUUAGUCAUGAUUAGUAGAUGACCCCUAUUGAUUUUGAGGUCACCAGGUCAAAGGUCAAGGUCACAGGGGCCUUGACUUCAAAAAGCUUGUCCGCCCAAUAACUUAAGAUUCCUUUGACCCACAGUCUUCAUAUUUGGCAUGGAGUUUAGUCGUGAUUAGUAGAUGAC